AUGUGUCCAAGCGAAAGUGACGUUCGAAUUAUCUAUUCUCGAGAAAUAACCAAUCACUGCUUUGUUAUCCCGUUGCCAAUGGAAAUUCUUCCAAAUCACUCGCUGACAACCUGCGAAGAGUUCAAGAGAGGUCGCUCAGCAUCUUUGUCCGAACUGGUCAAGUUCUACCCAGACAUCGAUCUGAAAGAGUUAUGGCGCAAGGGUACACCGACUAAAAAGUUCUUCAUUAUCGAACCGUACAUAGUGGUCAAAUGUGUCGACGUUCCACACAACGACUGCCAUGUUGCCGUCAGGGAAUUCGACGAGAAAGGGAAGGUCGUGAACUUCGUCGGCUACAACGAAAGAGGAAUAGUGAGAAGGAUUGACCUUUACGCGAACGCUACUGAGAAAAGAGAUCUGGCAAACACGAUAGCCAAUUACGAGGCUGAUGGCGUUAUUGGAAGAUACAUGAUAAACGGCACGAUUAGAAACGAAUAUUUCCUCGGCAUCGAAACAGUCAUGAAUACCGCGCCGUGUAUCACAGGAAAGUAUAAAAUGUGUGAGGUUACCUGUGAGCAUUAUCAGGAAACCCUGUACUGUGUUUUCCAAAUAACCACGCCGCCAGAAGCUCCCUAUGGCCACUGCCCCAAUGCGAGCCUGGCAGGCAACAUGUGCAUGUGCCCGCACUGCAAUCAGACUGUGUGGUCGCCGUGGAGCUACAGUAAGCCUUGUGGUAUGUCGCCCAAAUAUCGUUAUCGACCGCACAACACGCACCCGAACGAAAAGUGCGACCAGCCAAAUCCAAAGUGCUGUGAGGAAAGAGCGACAGAAUUUCGAGAACCUUGUCUGUGCAAGAGGAAGGAAAUGCAAUGCAAGAAUAACGGCACGUGUAUCGACGUCAGCCCAAAAGUACGGCUAUGCGCCUGUAUCAGAGGCUUCGCCGGCGAAGACUGCUCUGAAAAUAUUGACGACUGCGUAAAUGUCACAUGCAGCGGCGUCGGAACUUGCAUUGACGGUAUAAACAAUUACACAUGCGUUUGUGGCCCCAGGUUUACUGGCGACAUGUGUGAAGAAAGUAAGAAACUAGUUUUUUCAUGAUA